AUGGAUCCUGGAGCAGAGCUUUCAAAGGCCCUUGCACCUCAGACACAGGAAGAGGCAGAAUAUAUGCACAAAGUGCCUUAUCUCAGUGCUGUAGGGGCACUGAUGUAUUUGGCCAUCACCACUCGUCCAGACAUUAUGUUUGCCAUUGGAUGUCUUGCACAUUUUAAUGCCAAUCCUGGUCCUGCACAUUGGAUUGCUGUGAAGCAUGUCUUCCGCUAUCUGAAGGGCACAAUGGACUUAAGGCUGCACUAUGGUCCCAGUGAUGUAAAGGAGUUCUUCCUAACCUACACGGACUCAGACUUUGGUGGUGAGAGGAAUAACUGUCGCUCCACUGGUGGUUACCUUGUAAAAGUGGGCACAGGUGCUAUUAGCUGGAGUAGCAAGCUUCAGUCCCUUAUUGCCCAAUCCACCACAGAAGCUGAGUACAUUGCUGCAGUUGAAGCAGGAAAGGAAAUCCUCUGGAUGCGUAAUCUUCUCACAGAACUGGGGUAUACAAUGUCCAAAGCCUCUACACUUUACAUGGACAAUCAGUCUGCAAUCAGUGUCUCUAAAAAUUCAGAACAUCAUGGCAGAAUGAAGCACUUGGAUCUGCGCUUCUUCUGGCUUCAAGACACCGUAGAGGCAGGUCAAAUUGCACCAGUAUAUAUUUCUACUGCAGAGAUGAUAGCGGACAUUUUGACAAAGCCCUUUCUGGCGGCAAAGAUUAUCUACUGCCGCGAGAUGAUGGGCUUGAGGAUCUAA